UCCUGGACAGGGGCCCAAGAGACUCCAGGAGCAUAUAAGGGGAAGGGAAGGAGGUCCAAGUACAGACACCCAGAGAGAAUUCUCCCAGCCAGAGCUUCAGAUGUUUCGGCUGGAGGCCAUGCUGUCCUUGCUGGUCCUAGCCCUCCUGGGGACCCCCACCUUUUCGGCAGAAAAUUACUAUGGUAAAAAAGUUGGCACACAUUUCUGCACUACAGCACCCGAAGGAAAAGCCUUCAAAGGAAUUCGGGUAUAUUUUAAAGGUCGUGCGAUUGCCGGUAUUCAGAUGAAAUUUGGAGAUGACUGGGGACAAAUAUAUGGCUACCAGACUAGAGAUACCCAGGAAGAGGAACUGGCUGAGGGCGAAAGCAUCACUACCGUCUUCGGCACAUUCAAUAUCUAUUUCAACCAACUUGGCUUUACAACUGACAGGCCACGAAAUAUUUUAUUGGGGACCUACCCUAAUAUUCAGGAGUUCUUGGAGGACGCUGACAAACCCAACCAUGAUUUCAGGGGCCUUUGUGGCUUUUAUGUGGUGGGUGGCUUCAGGUCCUUGAGUAUUCGUUGGGGGACGGUAAACGGUACAUGUUCAAACUAAGGCACAUGGCUACCCAAGCUGACGUGGUCUGUGCCAGGUACUUCCAAACCCAACUGCUAAUAAAUACAGCAUCU